AUGUAGAGAUAAUGUACCGACAAAUAAAGGUACACUCCGAUGAUUGGAAUUUUCAGCGAGUACUCUGGUUUGACCAGUCCGAUAAUAUUGCCGCUUUUCAAUUGACUACUGUAACCUAUGGUCUAGCAUGUGCACCCUUCCUUGCGCUCCGUACUUUAUUACAACUGGUCAAGGAUCACGGGGACCAGUACCCUUUGGCAGUGCCAAGCCUUACCAAAGGACGAUACGUUGACGACAUAUUUGGAGGAGCUGACUCUAUUCAGCAAGCACAAGAAAUAGUAACGCAAUUAAAUAAUCUCUGCAUGGCAGGCGGUUUCCCUCUGCAAAAAUGGUUCUGCAAUCACCCAGAGUUAUUAGCAUUUAUUCAAAAUAAGAAGAUCCUUUCUUCAUCAGUUGCCAUCGAAGAUAAUACCAUGGUAAACAUUUUAGGUUUAUUCUGGCAACCGUUAAUGGAUACCUUCCAAUUCCAAUUCAAAAAUAUAUCUACUGGUUCUGUUACCAAACGAUCUAUUUUAUCUACCAUAGCAAAGUGUUUUGAUCCUCUCGGUUUUCUUUCUCCCAUCAGUAUAAAAGCAAAGAUUUUAUUGCAAGAAUUGUGGUCUCUCAAGCUCGAAUGGGAUGAUCCAUUGCCAUCACCUCUUUCCGCUGAAUGGAUUAAUUUUCUUCAAGAUCUACAGGAGAUUUCAAGCUUGACUUUUCCUAGAUGGUUAGGCAGCACUUCUGACACGAAACUCGAAAUACAUGGGUUUUGUGAUGCAUCUCAGCGAGCUAUGGCAGCAGUCGUAUACUUGCGAGCAACAUCUCCUGAUGGAAAUACAAAGGUCACCCUGGUUUGUGCAAAAACGAAAGUUGCACCUCUAAAACGACUCACAAUUCCGAGGCUUGAACUAGCAGGAGCAGUUCUUCUAACAAAGCUAACUACUCAACAUCCAUCUAAGUGGAAAGAAUUCGUGCAAAACAGAGUAUGCUUCAUUCAAGAGACCUUGCCACAUGCAUUAUGGAAGUUUGUUUCUGGAAAGGAAAACCCGGCCGAUCUCGCAACACGAGGAUUAUCAUCUGUCCAACUAAAGGAAAAUCCUGCCUGGUUGAAUGGACCUUUAUGGCUAUCUCAACUUUCAUCUUUUUGGCCUACUGACAAAUUCAAAACUAUUCAACGAGUUCACCUCGAAGAACGCAAGUCUCAAGUACUCACAAAUUUAAUUGUCAGAACUUCUGAACCAUGGGACCUUCUUCUUCGGUACUCCAGUUUGACAAAAUUAUUCAGAGUCACAGCAUUAUGUCGGAGAGUCAUUCUUCGUUUGAAGAAAACUCCAGACUCUUCAAUCACAGCAAAGCCUAUUACCACUCUCGAAUUAGAAGAAGCAAAGCUAUUUUGGAUCGGCAAAGUCCAACAAACUAGCUUGCACAAAGAGAUAGAUACAUUGAUGAAGGAAUUGAAUCUGUCUCGAUCUAAUCAUUUAGUUCGUCUUGUUCCAUUCUUAGAUUCAACAGGUCUACUUCGUCUUGGUGGGCGUCUUCAAGCGUCAUUACUCCCAAACGACGCGAAACACCCUCUCAUAAUACCAAAGUCAUCACCGCUAUCUACACUGAUUAUUGCUGAGGCACAUCAACAAACACUACAUGGAGGAACGCAAGCCACAUUAUCGUUCAUUCGACAGCAUUACUGGAUCGUUGGAGGUCGAACUCCGGUUCGGUCCUUCAUUUUAAAAUGCGUUCGAUGUGCGCGAUACCGCCAGCAACGAGCUCAACAACUCAUGGGCCAGUUACCAGCUUUUACAGUCAAACCGUCCAGGCCAUUUCUCCAUACUGGAAUCGAUUAUGCUGGACCACUCAUACUGAAGACAUAG